AUGUGUACCCGCCUCUUCUACCUUGCUCAAUGUGGCCUCGUCCCUUCUCCGGCGCUUCUCCAAGAUCGCUUCCCGGCGCUGUGCGAGGAUUUUAAGCUGCCGGCUUUCGACACCCUGGAGCCAGUAUCCGAAGCUGCCGCCAACUCCGGCAAAAAGAGGAUAUACCCAGAGGGAUUCUUUGGCAAGGAUAGGACGCAUUUCGAUACCGAGUUGCCACAGUCGGACGGCGAUGCCUGGAUGCGGGUUAACAUUGAGGAAAGUAAUUUCGAGACUUUGAUGACACGACCCAACCCUCACACGACGCGCCAGCUUUACAGGUAUCCGUUUGUCUGGCUUCUCGACAUGGCUGGUCCAGAGGAGAUGCCGGAUGUUCAGUCCGCCGGCGUCAAACGGCCGUCCGUGGAUCUGGAUAGUCUACAGCGCAAGAAGUUCAAGGCGGAGGAGCUGCCAUUGUCCGCGGGACAACAUGCGGCCAUUGACCACCUUUUACACGCUUUCAAGAAGAAGGGCGGUUUUGACACUGUUCGCAAGAAGCUAUGGGCGGAAUUUGAAGACGGGGAGGGAAAGGCGGAGUUUACUAAAUUGUUAGUGGAAUUAGCAGAGACGGAGAUUGAGCGCGAACCCGAGCUACUUUCCCGUGAGCGUGGGAAAGCUGCGACGCUGAUUGAAGGAGCUGUUGACCGCAGUGACGUCUACAAAACUGUCGAGGAGUCCCUUGAUGCGCUAGCCUCAAAACACCUUCCUACGAUUUUAGAUUCAGUCCGGGAGAUUCGUCGCCAGGAAAUCGGCGACGAAGCCGCCAUUCGAGAGGAGCAAGCUGGGAACAAAACAGAUGAAGAUUACGCUACCCAUGUCAAAGCUAAACGAGAGGAGCGCGAAAGAGCGUGGCAGGAGCAGUUGCGCAAGCAGAAAGAAGUUGAGGAGGAGGAAGCGCGGCGGAAAGCAGAAGAGGAGCGUAAACAACGUGAGCUCAAGCGCCAGAAGGAGGAAGAAGAGAGAGCUCGAAGAAGAGAGCGUGAGGAACAGCGACGUGCCGAGCAACGAGCACUUGAUGAACAGCGAGAAAAGGAACGCCAGGAGCGAUAUGAACGGCGACGAAUGGAGGAACGCGAGAGGUUCCGUGACUAUGAUCGAUAUAGGGACAGUGAUCGCAGCCGGACCAGAGACAGGGACACAGAUCGAGAACGAGACCGCUAUCGGUAUCGCGAUCGUUCAUCCGACCAUCGAUCUGAUCGUGGUCUUUCUCCCCGCCAUCGCGACUCCCGAAAAGGCACCUCUGUGACAUCGAAAGAAGCCACACCGGCACUGGCACCUCCCCCUGGCCCUGUCCCUGUCCCUGCUCCUCCCGUGGAUGAAAAGUCCUUGGAAGAAGCAGCGCUACAACUUCUACUGAAAGAAGGCGAAGAACUUGCAGCUAAGGCCCGUCAAAAACCUGAAUUCGAUUUUGAGGAAGCUGAAGCGAUCGAAAAUGGAUUAAAGCCACCUCCGUCACGGCCCAAAAGCACCUCAGACGCAAAGUAUUCCAACCAAUCAAUGAAAGCCGCAAGCCCAAUAGUUGAAUCUGGUGAUUAUCGAAGGCGCGGCUCGGCGACAGAAGACCGUCCGCGUACCCGAAGAGGAGACGACACUCGAAGCCAAUCCCGGAGAAUAUAUACAUCUCGAUUUGAUGAUGACCGUCGAGACUCGCGAGAUACUUCCGACCGACCACGGGACCGUGACGCCAAUGAUAGACUUGCGAUCCGCGAUUUCCGUGAGGACCGAUAUGGCGACCGCAGCUAUCGCCCAGGUCGACGCAGCCGCAGCAGAUCCACCACUCGAGGGCAUGAUCGAGAUAGAGAGCGUGACCCAGAUCGUGGUCGAGACGAACGGGGGGCCGGGACCUUGAUUCACGCCGUGACCGCAGUCGAGACCGUGACCGGAGGCACGAUGUCCGUCGAGAUCGCAGUCGAGACCGCGAUAGGGAUAGGAGAGAUGGGGACCGUGACCGCGACCGUGACCGCGACGAUUAUCGUCGACGACGCAGCCAUUACUCACGGACCCGCUCCCGCUCCAGCCACCGAGAUCGGGGCCGAGAUAGAGGCAGAGAUAGAGAUGACCGGGACAGGUACCCCGAUACAUCCCCCCGGCCAUCUGUCUCACCCCGACGACGAUCUCGAUCGCGCCGCCGAUCGCGUUCCCGAAGGCGAUCUCCCAGCACUCUGGACAUCGACCGUUACGUCCCGCCCACCAGCAAUCGAAGCCGAUCCCCCCCGCCGUCGAGUCCGGUCGCCGGAGCGAGAGCGAGACCGCGACGACCGGCCUCGCUUUGGAGAAGUAGACAGAUAUAUCCCCGGCGGGGAGCGCGCCGGAGAGCGAGACCGAAAACCAGAGGAACCAGAACGCAGUCGCGACGGUGACGAUCGGCAGGUACGGAGGCCAAGUCCCAGUCGUCGCAGGAGUCGAAGCCGGUAG